UAUAUAGUGGCAUGAACUUCUCUUCAUCAAUUCCCACAUCUCUCUACCCUUCAGGAAACCAAGAAGAAUAGAAAAUGGCUUUGACACUACGUUCUUCAACUUCUUUUAGCAAUUUAAAAGACACCAGAAGUUUCAAAAUUCUUGAUAACUUCUCGAGCAAGGUCUGUUUUGCAAAAAUCAGGUCAUCUCGCAGUCUCCAGGCAAAAAGUUUGAUGCAAGAAGCUCAACUCGCACAUGAGAGAAACCCUAGUUUGGAAGAGAGAAAUGAGAAAUGGGAAAGGCUUCACAGGCUACCAGAAACUUACGGGAAAAAUGAUUCCAAGGUGCCUGUGUUUGUUAUGCUACCACUCGACACCAUGUCAUUUGGAGGAAACUUAAACAAGCCACGAGCAAUGAAUGCCAGCUUGAUGGCCUUGAAAAGUGCAGGAGUUGAAGGAGUAAUGGUUGAUGCUUGGUGGGGACUGGUAGAAAAAGAGGGACCUUUGAAGUAUAACUGGGAGGGGUAUGCAGAGCUUGUGAAUAUGGUGCAAAAGCAUGGAUUGAAGCUCCAAGUUGUUAUGUCAUUUCAUCAAUGUGGGGGAAAUGUCGGAGACUCUUGCAGCAUUCCUCUACCACCAUGGGUACUUGAAGAAAUCAGUAGGAAUCCUGACCUUGUCUACACAGACAGAUCUGGCCGGAGAAAUCCUGAAUAUAUCUCCUUGGGUUGUGAUACAUUACCGGUGCUUAGAGGAAGAACACCAAUUCAGGUCUACUCAGAUUACAUGAGCAACUUCCGUGACAGAUUCAGGGAUUACCUAGGGGAAGUUAUUGUGGAAAUUCAAGUGGGGAUGGGCCCUUGUGGAGAGCUCAGAUAUCCAUCCUACCCGGAAAGCAAUGGAACAUGGAGGUUUCCAGGAAUUGGAGAAUUUCAAUGCUAUGACAAGUACGUGAAGGCUUCAUUGCAAGCAUCUGCAGAGGCAAUUGGUAAGAAAGAUUGGGGAAGAAGUGGUCCUCAUGAUUCUGGCCAGUACAACCAAUUUCCUGAAGAUACUGGAUUCUUCCGAGGGGAUGGAACUUGGAACAGUGAGUAUGGACAGUUCUUCCUGGAAUGGUACUCCAGGAUGCUACUAGAGCAUGGAGACAGAAUCCUAGCAGCCGCGAAAAGAAUCUUUCAAGGAACUGGAGCUCAACUAUCUGGAAAAGUAGCAGGGAUUCAUUGGCACUAUAAAACUAGAUCCCAUGCAGCUGAACAAACUGCUGGAUACUACAAUAAUAGGCAUCGAGAUGGCUACCUACCAAUAGCAAGGAUGAUGGGCAAACACGGAGUCAUUCUGAACUUCACAUGCAUGGAAAUGAGAGAUGCAGAACAGCCACAGAAUGCAAACUGCUCACCAGAGGGGUUAGUUCGACAAGUAAAGAAGGCAACUAAAACUGCAGGAACGGAACUUGCUGGAGAGAAUGCAUUGGAGAGGUAUGAUACUGGUGCAUAUGCACAAGUUUUAGCAACAAGCAGAUCAGAUACUGGAAAUGGAUUGAGUGCAUUCACAUAUUUAAGGAUGAACAAGAAAUUAUUUGAAGCAGAUAACUGGAGGCAAAUGGUGGAUUUUGUGAAGAACAUGUCAGAAGGAGGUCGGAGCAGAAGACUUCCAGAAAGUGACACGGGCAGAACAAACCUCUACAUUGGAUUCAUAAAAGAUAAUAAUUUGAAGACAAAGGAGGCCGCUCUUGUGUAAAGACAUAUAGCAGCAUCCGCUCAUGUUCAUGUAUAAUGGUAAAAAGUCCAGUAUAUAGACUAGUGAAAAAACAAAAUUAAAAAGGACCCAAACAGUUAUAAAUUCAGCAUAAUUUGCUAAGCUUUUGAAGGUAUUUGAUGACAAGACAAAAUUGUAUUUCUAUCUCCUGAUUUUGAAAGGAGAAAACCUAAAUGUUAUACAAGCAUGGAAAUUACUAAUAA